CUCGGGAAGGAUUCUUCGGCGAAAAGCAGGCUGCGCGGCAGGCGCCCUUCUCAGGGCCGUCCCAUUCCCACCGCCCACCCCGUCGCGGUGCGAGGUGGUGCGGUCCGGGCUCGCCCGCGCUGGGGCAGCAGAGCCGGCAGGGACGGGGCGGACAUGGCGUAUCCCGGGCAGCCCGGCUACUACCAGGGCGGGUAUGGAGGAGCUCCAGGAGGACCAGCAUUCCCUGGACAGGCUCAAGAUCCUUUGUACGGUUAUUUUGCUGCAGUAGCUGGACAGGAUGGUCAAAUAGAUGCUGAUGAGCUGCAGAGAUGCCUGACCCAGUCAGGCAUUGCUGGAGGAUAUAAACCUUUCAACUUAGAGACUUGCAGGCUCAUGGUCUCAAUGUUGGAUAGGGAUAUGUCUGGCACAAUGGGAUUCAAUGAAUUUAAAGAGCUCUGGGCUGUGCUGAAUGGGUGGAGACAACACUUCAUGGGUUUUGACAACGACAGAAGUGGCUCAGUAGAUCGUCAAGAGCUGGAGAAAGCCUUGACAAAUAUGGGAUUUAGGCUGAGCCCACAGGCAGUCGCUGCAAUUGUAAAACGAUACAGCACCCAUGGGAAGAUUACUUUUGAUGAUUACAUUGCCUGCUGUGUAAAACUCAGAGCUCUCACUGAGAGUUUUCGAAGAAGGGAUGCAGCUCAGCAAGGCUUUGUGAAUUUCCAGUAUGAUGACUUCAUACAGUGCGUUAUGAGCAUCUGAAUCAAGAGGAAGAAAGAUGAAGAGAAGCUUGAUUCGCAUUCCAGUGUGUGUUUUGCUCUGCACCAAAAACUACCAUGGCUUGUAACUAAAUAUUGGUAUUUGCAUAUUUUAUAUAAGAUUGUGCUUUAUAUACUUGAUUUGUUUGUUUUGAUAAUGAGCACAAGUUAACAAUGUAUUGUCUGCUCUCACACUGAGCUCGUGACUUGAUUAAAGAUUUUUUUUAAAUUUUGCA